AUGGCUUCAAAACCGUCAGUCAACCGGAACUCCAGCCAGCGCCUCCCGGCGCCCUCUCUCUUCAUCGGCCCACCCUCGCGGAAUGCCUCCGACACCUCCAUCAUCCCGCCCUCCUCGGCGGCCGGCGCACGCGGCAAUCCCCUAUCGCGGCAGCGCUCUCAGCGCAUCGAAGCGUCCACCGACGGCAACGGCAACAGCACCGCUCCCAUCAAUCCCAGCGGCGGCGGCGGCGGCGGCAGCAGCAGCGCAGUAACCCCCGGCGUAUCCUGGAAAGAUACCCCACCACUGCAAUUCCCGCCCCUCCACAAAACCAGCACCAACGCUUCCAUCGGCGCCGCGGCGGCGGCGACGGCGGCCGCGGCGGACCACCACCAGCACCAGCACCACCACGCCCCGGCCCACCACCAAGGCCAACAGCCCGACCAGCCCAGCACCGACGCCAUCUGGGCGGAGAUGCAAAACACGCUCGAGGAGGUCGAGCUGAGCGCGACGACGGGCACCAACGUGUUCCAGCCGGGCCACUCGCAGGCGCUGGACGAGCUGCGCACGGCGCAGAUCGCCCUGGCGCAGGCGUGGGCGCGCUCCGAGGCGGCCGCCGACGAGGAGGCGGGGGCCGACGGCCAGCAGCAGCAGCAGCAGCGCGCGACGGCGACGCCGACGCCGAGCGACGCCAUCCGCGGCGCCAACGACCCGCUGCUGGGACACGGCGUGGGCGGCGGCGGGGGGAAGAACGGCAGCAACGUCAAGCCGCUGAGCGCCGCGAACGUCCUGCAGAUGGAUCGCGAGCAGAAGAUGGCGGCGGGUGGCGGCGGCGGUGGCGGCGCCGGCGCCGCCAGCAGCAGCGUGGGCCCUGCGGCUGCGGUCGCCGCGGCGUUGGGGGCGGGUGGUGCGGCGGGUGGUGGGGUUGCUGGGGGGGUUGCUGGGGUGGCUGCUGCGGCCGCGAGGCCGAGGAGCGGGACCGAGACGAGCAUGAAGAGCCAGCUGGAGCGCGACACGGAGAACGACAUCCAGCUGGCGCGGAAGCGGCGGGAGGCGAACGAUCGGUACUUCCAGCGGGUGAACGCCGGGGUGCUGGAUGUGGUGGCCAAGCUGGAGGAGGUGGCCAAGGCGAUGAAGGGCGUUGAGAUGGAAAGCAAGGAGAUUUGGGGCGAUGCGGAAAGCAUCGAUACGGCCAGUGUUGUGAGCAAAUGA